AUGGCCACCAGACCAGCUCCACCAGCUCCGGGCAGACGACCCAUCGACAUGGCUAGGAAGCACCCUCAAGGUUAUGCUCAUGGUCCUCCUAAGCAGGCUAAAGUUGGUCAAUACAUCAUCGGUCGUACACUAGGUACUGGUACUUUUGGAAAAGUCAAACUCGCGACACAUGCCAUCACGGGUCAUUUGGUAGCUUUGAAAUUGAUAAACCGUUCAAAGAUCACAACGCCCGAUAUGAACGCCAGAGUCAAAAGGGAAAUUCAAUAUCUAAAGGUGCUUCGUCACCCUCACAUCAUCAAAUUGUAUGAAGUUAUCACCACUCCCACAGAUGUUAUCAUGGUCAUGGAAUAUGCCGGCGAGGAAUUGUUCAACUAUAUAGUUUCGAAAGGCAAGGGAGGAAUGAGCGAAGAUGAAGCCAGAAGAUUUUUUCAACAAAUGAUAGGUGCUAUAGAGUAUUGCCACCGGCAUCAUAUAGUUCAUCGCGAUUUGAAACCGGAAAACUUGUUCCUGGACUCGAGACAUAAUAUCAAGAUUGGCGAUUUUGGUUUAUCCAAUUUAAUGACGGACGGUGAUUUUCUCAAAACCUCAUGCGGUAGUCCAAACUAUGCCGCACCAGAGGUUAUUUCUGGAAAACUAUACUCCGGCCCAGAGAUCGAUGUUUGGUCAGCAGGCGUCAUCAUGUACGUCCUACUCUGCGGUAAACUUCCAUUCGACGACGACCACAUUCCCACUUUGUUCAAAAAGAUUGAAUCUGGACAUUUCCGUAUCCCCUCGAAUCUCUCUCCCGGAGCUGUACACUUGCUCGAACGUAUGCUCAAUGUCGACCCAGUCAAACGAGCCACCAUCGCGGAAAUCCGAGAGAUGCCUUUCUUUCAACAAGACUUACCGAGAUAUUUACAACCAUUACCGGAGAUUGAAAGAUAUCCAACUUUACCGAUGGACGAUUUGAAUACUUUACUCAUGAUGAGUGAAGGUAGGGCGGAUCCGAAGAAAAUAGCAGAGCAGAAAGGAUUAGUUUGGACUAAAGAUCUAGGGAUUGUGGAUCCGGAGAUCGUGAGCGAGUUGUUGUCCAAAAUCACAACAUAUACAGAAGAGAUGGUAUGGGCGGAUUUGCAGAAAGAAGGUGAUAACCAAGUUAAAGUGGCUUAUCAAUUGGUGAGGGAUCAUAAACGGAUAUUAGCGGAUUGUGAUGGCUUUGAAGAUGAUGAAACGGCAGGUGCGAUGGAAGAUUUCAUGGCAUCUUCUCCACCUGCCUGGAAUGCUGAUAUGCACAAUGUCAAGCCGUAUCCUAUGGAAGGAUCCGACGAAUUAGAUUUGGAAGAAGACGUGGAUGAUAUACAAGAUAUUCCCAAUGCCCAUUUCGACGUUUUAGAUUCUUCUUUACCUGGGUUUCAAACCCCACCUUCAAUAGGCUCCAUCACCCCACUCAUCGCUCCUGAAUCUUCAGAACCUCUCAAACCAUCUCCCAUCGAUACCUCCCCCACCUCCAUCCCAGAUCCUGCGACACGUACAAUCCGAUCCAUUCAAAUCAACUCUCCAUCAUCUUAUCCACUUGUCCCAACCCUUGACGUCAAACCACCUCAAAAACCAAAAUGGCAUUUUGGUAUCCGUUCACGUUCACCACCAAUGGAAGUCAUGUUGGAGAUUUAUCGUACCCUUGGAACAUUGGGUAUGCAAUGGAAAAAGAAAGAAGGUAUAGGUAUGCCUGAAAUUGGAAAUUCUCCUCCUGGUGGGUAUUCAGAAGAAGUUGAACAAAUGUUAGAACAAUGGAAAGAUGUGAAUGGUGAAGGUUUAGUUAUGGGUAGAAAAGCACCUCCAAAGAAGGAAGUUCAAGCUCAGGAGAAAGCUGCUCAGGGUUUGUAUUUAGUAGAGACUCGUGCGAGGUACGGGAGUAUCAUGGUAAGAAUGGAUCUUCAACUUUAUCGUGUUGAUCAAGAAAAUUACUUGGUCGAUUUCCGUAAUAUAGGUUAUUAUUCAGCCCCUCAAACAAAACCUGAUACCAAAGAAUUACCCAAUCCCAUUAUCGACGAAACUAUAGAUCCCCCAUCUACGGAAAUUGAUCAACCUAUAGAAUCUCCAAAACAAACUUCUUCAUCCCGUAGUGGUAGUGGUGGUAGUGGAAGAAGUAUAGGAGGUGUUUCAGGUCCUUUCCAUUUCUUAGAAAUGGCUUGUCAAUUGAUAUCAGAGUUGGCAAGUGGGUAA